AUGUCUGUUCUUUUACCCACUACACCUCAGGAGUUUGGCCCGGUCUCCUCACUUAACAUCAUCAAGGCUAUAGAAAACCUUGGCGGUGCUAAAGGUUACCUCGAGCAUCUCAAGCGUACCGGACCAUCCGAUAGUAUCGUCAAGCCUCUCUCCUUGUUAUCUCUCUCCAACUCUCUCAACUCCAACAGUUCAAGCUCCUCUGCUGCGGAUCACAAUUGUUCAAUCCACCUUCAAUCAGGGCCCGCAGGAACACUGUUCGGAGAAAUUGAAGUACACGAGAAGCCGGAGGGAGACGUGUCAGUGAAUGUCAAGUACAAGACCCAAAUCCGCGCUUGGAUCACUCAGGGAAGCGGCCGCACUGACCUUCAUGGGAAUAUAGCGCUGCUCACGAGUUGGGAUGAUAUGCUCAAUGGGCCGAUAAACUUUACCAUCAUAGCAGCCGAAAAACAAGGUGCACAUGUUAAGUUUAAGCGCGACUAUCUCCCUGCGGCGGAAAUUUCUGCCGACUUCCCUAAUGCAACUGGAUAUCAAUGUGGAAGCUAUGAAUGCGAGGGGGUUUGUCAAUGGGAAAAAAUCUUUUUCUGA